CCCCCCCCUUUCUUUGUCCUUGCCAAAAAGGAACACAUUUUCUUUUUGUUUUGUCAACUUUGAUUGAGUAAUGGAGGAAUACGUCAUUGAUGAAAUCUAUUUAUACGAGUUAUUGUUCUAUAAUUGUACUUGCAAAAACUUUGUUAUACCCGCAACCGAUUUUAUUGUCGACAAUAAACCAACAUUUUUUUGUAAGAAAUGUAGCAAGUCCUUAUCUUAUUCAGAUGAUGAUCUCCGAGUCAAAUACAAGUAUAUUAAAAUGCUGGUCAAGAAGGUGACUACGGGUGAGAUGAAAUUGGUGAUCUUGCCACCAGUGACUCUCGUCGAACUAUUAGGAUGUGAUGCAAAGGAGUUUACCAAGUGUUAUGCUGAGGACCCCACAUUACUUAAAAAAAUAGAAGGCUGUCUUGUUGAUCAGUUUUGCCUGUUAGAAUUUGAUCCUGAAGAGAAAGAAGACAUGUAUAAGCCAAGAAAGUGCUCGAAAUUUGUAGUAAAGCUCGGCAACAACUUUACAAACUUACUGGACUACAUCAAACUCGUUUACAGCGCUGAUUUUCGUUUAGGCGAAAACCCUUAUCACUAAGAUAUUCCCACUAUUUAAUAAUCGGACUUUUCUCUGUACUGCCUCUGUUAGAUAAUGUAACUCAUUCAAGAUUCUACACUGUUUAUCACGCAAACGUCAAAUUGUGUUCCUUUUCUCGGUAGAGUCAUUUUAUAUAGCAGCAGAUCACUUGGCUGACAUUAAUCAUUGUGAAUGUACCCAAAGCUACCUUACCUAUCUAUUUACCAUCUAUCCUAGAAAAAAAAAAAAAAAAAUGAAAA